UUACUAUAAAUAAAAUAGAAGAUGUUAAUAUGAAAUUAACUACUCAACAAAAAAAAAAAAUACUAGAAAAAAAAGAGCUAGAAUUCUUAAAAUAUUUAGCUGAGCUAGCAAAAACAAGUCAAUAUUUCUCUCUUAGAGAUGAAACCCAAGAAUUGUACAAAACUUUUACUAAUAUUGAAUUAAUAAAUGAUCUAAAAGAUCCAGAUUUACAAUAUAGCGAAUGUAAAAGCUUUAUCUUUUAUCCUAUGGAAUUCAAAGUAACAAAACUGAGUUACAUGAUUUACCCAAGUUCAUCGGAAAAUGACUUAAACGCAUUUAAAACGAAAAGAAACUUGUUCAUUAAAUACUUAAAAAUCUUUAGCAAAUCUGAUAACAAUGAAAUAGAUAACAAUGGCAUAUACGACAAAUAUGAAAAAGAAAAUAAUAAAAUGACCAAAAAAUAUUUUGAUAAAUUGAAAACAUGUCGGGCUAUUAAAGGAGAAAAGUAUAAAACAUACAUACUAAGGCUAAAAAUUAUUGGAUGUACACCAUUACCCGAUUCGUUGUGGAAAAAUGAACUAACUCUUGGUGUCAAAUAGCUUCCAUUUUUAUAUACAAAUGUGUUUGAUGAUAU